CUUCGGCCACGCAUGUGCGCGGUGCAUAAUGGGAGUAUCCGUGCGAUGCUGAAUCAGUGCAGGAGCAGAGGAGGCUGAAAAUGGUGCAGCAUCAACAAGGGAAAAAAGCGCAGCGGUCGUGCAGACGGAAUGACGCGCCUUCUCAUGAACACUCACUUUGAGAUUUUACUCCGACGACAGAAGAACAGGUAAAUGGCAGGGUUUGGUAAAGUGCUGGCCAGCAGAUGCAGUGCAUAGGGCCCAGUGUCCAAGGCGACGAAAACAUGAACGGGGCGGGGGAGCAGGUCGACAUCCUGCCCUCUAACUGCUUGGUGAAAGAGCGCUGGAAAGUGCUGAAGAAGAUAGGGGGUGGAGGGUUUGGGGAGAUAUAUGAGGCCAAUGACCUGUUGACACGGGAGAAUGUAGCUCUAAAGGUGGAAUCGGCCCAACAGCCCAAACAGGUGCUUAAGAUGGAAGUUGCUGUACUAAAGAAACUGCAAGGAAAAAAUCAUGUUUGCAAAUUCAUUGGAUGUGGGAGAAAUGACAAGUUCAAUUACGUUGUCAUGCAACUGCAGGGAAGAAAUCUGGCUGAUCUGAGGCGGAGUCAACCUAGAGGAACGUUCAGUUUGAGUACUACUCUGCGGUUGGGGAAACAGAUCCUGGAGUCCAUUGAAGCCAUUCACUCUGUGGGCUUCCUGCACAGAGACAUUAAACCUUCUAACUUUGCCAUGGGCCGGUUGCCGUCCACCUGUAGGAAAUGUUACAUGCUGGACUUUGGGUUAGCGCGUCAAUACACAAAUACAAAUGGGGAGGUGCGGCCGCCGAGGACAGUAGCAGGAUUCCGAGGAACAGUUCGCUACGCUUCUAUUAAUGCGCAUAAAAAUAAGGAAAUGGGUCGUCAUGAUGAUUUGUGGUCAUUGUUUUAUAUGCUGGUAGAGUUUACGGUUGGACAGUUACCCUGGCGAAAGAUAAAAGAUAAGGAGCAGGUGGGGCAGAUUAAAGAACGUUAUGAGCACAGGAUGCUGUUGAAACACAUGCCUGCUGAGUUUCAUGUCUUCUAUGACCAUGUGCUGGAUUUAGAAUACUACACCAAACCUGAUUAUCAGUUGCUAAUGUCAGUAUUUGAGAACAGCAUGAAAGAGAGGGUCAUAACUGAGAAUGAGCCAUAUGAUUGGGAAAAAGCUGGAACAGAUACAGCCCUCCCAAGCAGCACACAUACACCACCGCAACAAAACACACGGCAAACUGCUGCCAUUGUGGGGGUGGUGAAUGUAACACUAGUACCUGGGGAAUUACCAAGGGAAAACACUGACGAUGUUCUGCAAGAUGAACACUUAAGUGACCAGGAGAAUGCCCCACCUGGUCUGAUACCUAGCAGGCCUGGUGAACCCGGACCAGCCCCACCUGCUGGUGAAGGUUGGGAUGAAACUGACUUCAACCGUAACAAACUCCAGAUCAGCACCAGCAAGACGCAGGUAGUGGCAGAGGAAGGAGAGGAGCCUGCUGGAGGGGUUCAGUCCGUCUCCCCAGUGAGAGGUGGAGAAGCAAAUGCUCAGGCCCGCCCUCUGAGGUACCGAAGAGUUAACAGCCCAGAAUCAGACCGUCUCUCUGCUGCAGAGGAUAGAGGAGAUGGAGCAGAUAAACGCUCUCGUAUGGACAUGCUGGGUUCUCCAUCUAGGCACGUCUACUCUUCCCAGCCUGCUCAGAUGCUCUCUUUAGAGGCUGGACAAGGAGACCGACAGGCUGGUGGUCACCAUGAUGUCUCUGCAGAUGGGGACCAGGAGGCCCACAGCAACGCCUUCAUCCGCUCAGUCCCGCUGGCAGAGGAGGAGGACUUUGACAGCAGAGAAUGGGUGAUGAUUGAUAAAGAAACGGAGCUGAAAGACUUCCAUCCUGGGGCAGAGCCCACCACCUCAGGCACUACGGAUGAGGAACCGGAGGAACUUCGCCCCCUGGAGGACCAUGAAGAGAGGAGAAGGAGGAGAGGUGGGCAUGGGGUGGGCGGAGCUGAGGCUGUGGUACGACCCAAAACGCAACGUGGGAUGAUGACUGUAGCACAGGAGGAGGGGCCAGUACCAAGCCCCACCCAUCAUACCUGCCCACGGAGGAGGGAGUCAGUGCCGUUUGGACCUGAUGGACCGGAGGCCGCAGUGGCUGAAUGUAUGCCAUCCUGCUCACAAACACGCCUGAAGCGAGUGGAUUUUAUGUCUGGUGUGUUGAUGUUUAACGAUCUUGGAGAGGAAGGCACCAAGACGGGAGGGUCAGGCAGUGAUGGAAGCCCUCGUAGUAGUGAGGGAAGCCCGGAGGGUGCUGCAUCCACCCUGCUUGCCCCUGCGCACCGCGAUCACGACCAGGAAGAGGGCUCACGCACCCUAGUUCUCGUCUCCACUGGAAAUGGGCAGGUUUUUUCACCUGGAGAUGGACAGGGUACCCUUGCCGCAUUAACUCCUCAGGGAGAGCGACCCAUGCCGGAUGAAUCAAAUCCUGGUACUAUCUUCUCCAUCAUUAAAUCAGAACCCAGGCCUAUCAUCAUGACAACUGCAGCUAUGAUCACUAGUGGUUCUUCCUCGCCACCGUUCACCAAGGUAGAACAAACUUUCAUCCACAUUGCUGAGACGACACAUCUCAAUGUCAUGACAGCCAAACACCGUCCAUCUGGACUGGAUGAGGUGGCAUCUACAGAGCGUGAAGUAUCAGGUGGAGGGAAAGAGAAGGAGGAACGAAACGUUGUCAGUGAAGGAGAGGAGAAAGAGAGCAAUAGUGAGCAGAUUACAGUAGAAAGGGAAGAUGAGAGCAGGAAAGAAUGUGAAGCUGAGGAGGAAAGGGAAGUAAAUGAUAAGAAAAAUGAAGAAAGCGAUAGAGAGAGUGACAGAGAGGCUGAAGAAUCGGAGAAAGAAAAAUCAAGUAAAAGUGGUAAAGAGGAAGCAGAUUCUCUGUUUGUAGCCCUGUCACAUAACCAGCUCAACACUACAGCUAUUGGCCCUGAGGAAGCACACUCCACGGAAACCAAAAUAGAAGUCAAACCAGACAGCAUCAAACCAGAAGUAUACCAGCAAAGGGAACUGGAACAGGAAGAGUGUCCUCCUCUGACCCCUGAAGAAAAUAGAGAUUCUGAAGUAAAUGAUGAGAAAGUUGUAUCUCCAAAGGAGGCAGACUCACCCAAUAAAAAGGCGGAGUCUGUUGAAAACACACCACCACACCUACAGAGGCGUAGCCGUAUUCCCAUGCUUGUGUCUGAGGAGGAAACCGGCUCGGACAAAUCAUCUCAGGCAAGUCAAGAGCAGUUGCAACGCACUCGUAAAAGCCGACACCAACAACUGGCCCGUCUCGUUCUGGAGCACAAACAGACACAUCUUAUUCGUUCUCGCUCAGCCUCUUCCCACUCCCCGUCCCUCUCGACGACAGCAUCUGAGGAUGAUACACACCAAUCAGACGACUCUGCUAAAGGAGAGAGAGGAGCAGUAGGGCGUAUUAGGAGCAGGAUCCCUCGACCAGUCACGCCCAUCAGAGGGUUUUCUGACCAAUCAUGGAGCACGACCCUCCCGCAAACCCAGAGAUCUGUCUCUUUUAUUCAAUAUAGAACUAACAGUUCUGUCAAAACCAGGAUACAAAAAUCUGCAAGUUUGCACACAAAUAUCCAUCAGCAACCACCCAAACCUCAGCUCCGCCCCUCUAAAAAACUUCCACACCACCCUCAUUCCUUAGGUCCCUCCCACUCACAAGGAAGUUGGACAGCCACACCUACCGUAUCUCGUACCUCAGCUUCUACUGCCCCUCGGAGUUACACCACCUCUCGCACUGAUAGCCCCUCCCCCCAGCGCAUCCGCCGACAAUAUGCAGCCAGUGAAUUGCAACGACAACCACAGCAGCCAAGACCUCCUGGCCAAUCACAGUCCAAAUCCAAACCUCAGGACCCCAUCCCCAAAAGGAAAAAGCUCCACUCAGCAACUGCACCCCAAAAAGGGAAGAAAGAUCCACUUGAAUCAAAGACUAAAAUAAGAUAAUUACAGUCUGUGGAACAAGGACAUAAUUCCUCCAAAUGAUUGUUCCAUCGUUCCUCUAGACCUACCAUUAUCAUAGGCAUCAUCAUUUGUGACCUGCCAGGUCAUAAAAAUUACUCUUAACAUCAUCAGUGUUGAACUGAGAACUCUGGUGAACCACAAAAAACUCAACCAAACAAUGUUGGUGGAAAUGUUCUGUUUUCAGCCAAGUGACUGCAGCAGCUUCUUCAAUACCUCUGAUGAGGAGAACCUCUGACAUUUACACACAUAUGUGCACAGUGAGUGUAGAAAAUUGUGUGUGUGGGGAAGUUUUCAUUAAUGAAGUGUGUUGGACUGAUAAACACACCUCAUAUGCCUUAAACCUGCAAAGGAAACAAUUGCUGCUGUCACAAAAAAGCUUCCACAGGCUAUACCCUCCUCUACACAGUGCAAAAUCUACUGUCAUGUCAAAUAUAUAACUACCAAUAACAUCACAUAUGUUAAACUUCCGGUUCUAUUGCAGCUUAAAAGCACUUUCCGUUCAUGUUCAGAUCUGGUUUAAGUAAAUGACUGCAGAUAAUAGAUAAUAGAUACUAUUAAUUUAAUUUAAAAUAAUUUCCAAAAAUGUUUUGACAUAUAUCACAAUGUCAUAAUCUGGAAAAAUGUAGCUUUACGGACACUUUCAGAAAUGUAAGACAAUUUAAAGUCCCAUAUGUACUUGUUAUUCAACUAGUCAUUGUUUGGGACUGCCUUUUAUAUAAGCUUCUGCAUUCAAUUACUGUGUCCUCAAGUUUUUAUUUAUCUAAAAAAAGAAUAAUAAUAGUCAAAUGCACCUAUAACGUGGUGUUUCUGUGCAGAAUAUACAGUCAAAAUGUGAUGUUAACACAAGACUGAAAUAGGCCUAAAUACAUUUAACCUCUGCACAGAACAAAGAUGACUACCUCUGCUGCUACAAUUUGAUGUCAAUCAUUUAAUCAUAUUGGCCCCUCCCACUGUCUAUGAUUCUUCUCUCUGAUUGGGUCAAUACAUUUCUGACGCUUGCAAAUUGUAUUUGUUAACAAAUCCUGGACCAGCACUGCUCAAAUGGCAUGUGUUUGGAUUGGUUGUCUAUUUCUGUUGGUCUUUUGCAGAACUGUAGAUAAUAUAAGCAGUGCUUUUGAAAACAAAUUCAUGUUUUUGUUUGAAAACCACAAAGGUUACAAAAAAGAUUAAAGGACGAAAAUAGGACUACUUAAUUGCAUUUUCUCAGUCUAAGAUGAAAAUGCACCGUUCGGAUCUGUAUGCAACUUUUACAGUUCAAAGAACGCUUGUGAUAACUGAAUGAAGGUCAAAGAGAACAUUAAAGCUUCUCAGAAAUGAGACAUUUUGCACAGACACCCAAAGGAGCAGCAACAAUUUGAAAAUAAUUCAGCAGGAAUCAAUAACGUGUGUGAAGGCAGCAUGUCUGGGAUUUGCAGUGUUCAGCAAUGCUCUAUAGGAUGUUGUUUCUAGAAAGUACUGCUACUCCUAUUAAAAUAAGUGUCCAAAGCAUGUAUUCAAAGGGAUGUAGGCCAGCCAUCUGAUGUGACGUUUAAAUGACUACGGUGCUAUCACAGACUCUUUCGACAUGCCUGCUCUAGUCAUUGGUGUGUUUUUUUCGUUCUGUGCUUGGAUUAGAACCUGAACAUCCCUGAAGAUUGUCAAAAAUGUAGGACGUUUCAUAGACACAUGCUGAUAAACUAUUUAAUUUGUGCACACUAGCCAGUGUUAUUUGUGAGUUCUACAUACUUGUGUGCACAUUAACUAAACGGGAGUGCUUUGUUUUGGACCAUUCCUACUACGGAAACAUUGCAUGCUGUUGUUUGGAUAAAAAUAACAGGAAAAAAGGCUAUUUCUGCUCUUAAUAACAACAAUAUAAGGUAAAGACUGAGACAGCUUUUUGGUCAUAUCUUUUCAGUGCAUUUCUUUGGGCCCAUUGAGACAGAGAGAAUUUGCAUGAAUGUGUUUCAUGAUCAUAAUUGACUAAUAAAGAGCAACCUUUCCGAGUUAUACAAUAAAAAGUUAUUACAAAUAUGAAUGAUACCGUUCAAUAAACAGA